AUGACAUCUUUAAGCGCUCUACUCGUUGUUGGUCUGGCCUUCAGUACCACUGUUCGCGCAGAAAUGUGCUCUACACCCGAGUGGGUGACGAUCUCUAGCAGCCCGUAUCUACAAGGAUGCACAUCAGACGUAGGCUUUGGCAGCUUUGUAGCCGUUUCGACAUUGACAGACGAGAAGGUCAAGGCCAUUUGCGCUAAUAGUGAUUGCGUGGCACUCAUAAACGACAUAAGGACGAUGGGUUUCGGUGACUGCAUCAUUCCAGACACCGACAUGUCGCUGGAAAAGGACAUUCUUGACCCUUUUGAGGAAGCAUGCAGCGCACACACAUCGGUCAGCAGUGCUGCCUCCGCUUCGAGUGCGAACAGCAUUGCUUCAGCGUUCUCUAUCUCUUGGGUAUCUACUCUUGCGUUUGUGGUGGCUGCACUAGCGUUAGAUAUUUUGGACAUCAGUGCAAGCGCGGACGAUGCGUGUACCAAGACGGAUAUGCUAGGCAUAUCGACAAGCCCUUUCAUAGCGGAAUGCAUGUCAGAUGUGGGAUCCCGUGGCGUAGCAGCGAUGUCGGAACUCACUCCAGAGCAGGUUACGGUGGUCUGUUCCAGCUCUGCUUGCAAAGGCCUCAUAAAAGACAUUGAAGCAAUGGGGCUAGAUGAUUGCAAAAUUUCGGAGACAUCGAGUCUCGAUGUCUCCGAAAAACAUGAAAACCGACAUUAUUGA